GUUGAUCGUUUACUAAUUAAUCAAAUUUUACUCUAUUUAGGAUUUAUUACAAAUACCUAAAUUUGGUUGACAAAACAAAUGAACAUAUAAAUAAAGAGUAUUGGGGAUUCCGACAUGUUUCUUACUUGGACGCCACUCUUUAGAAUUGCUUUCAAGAAAACACUUACCCCAAUAAUUAUACCAAUUUUUUUUCCUUUUUCCUUUUUCUUUUUUCUUUUUUAUUAUAAUACCUUCCUAAUUAUUUUUUUAACAAAAAGAUUCUUUUUUAUUAUUAUUAACAUCAUUUACCACCGCCAUGUCCGUCGUUCCACGGCGGCGAUCCACCUCCACCAGAAUCCACAUCCUCGCCCUCGACGGCAUCGUUAACGUCAACUCCCUCUUCACCUUCGCCGUUUUCCUUGGCGUGGCGUGGUACCCCACCGCCAACCCGGCUGCCAAUCUCCUCCCGGACGACGACGACGGUCCUUGCGCUGCUGCCGAUUCUGUCGCCGAAAAUCUCAUAGCCUGCCAUGUAUACUCUUUCAGCUGCUUCUUGUUCUCCAGCCUAAUCGCGUCGGCGCUGAAGCAAGCAAUCAGACUCAUCACAGGCGGUGAUGGUGGGCAGGGUGAGACCCACGCACCGGCGCUGAGGGUGGGGAUGAUGGCGUCUGCGGUUGGGUCGGUUCUCGGGUGUGGGUUUUUGGUGGCGGCGUUGCUGAAUUUGAUUCAGAUAAAACUGGGGGUUUUCGGUUGCCGGAGGUGGGAGACGGUGGCGGCCGCCGUGCCGUUGGUGAGCUUGGUUCCUUUGGCGCUUUUCAUUUACAUCGCGCUUGUUAUUCACGCCUUCACGCGCUAGCAUUCAUUUUUUCAUUUUUUUACAUUAAUGUUUACUUUUUUUAAAAAAAAAUAAUUUAGUUAAAUGCUUCAUUGUGGUUACAAGAAUACGUCUGUGUGUGUAUGUAACUUAUAAAAGCUUUUAAGUUGUAAAUUCAUGUGUAAAAAUGUGACAGCUUCUGCGACCUUAGUUUCGUAUUAGUUUAUGAUUCAAUUUUCAAGUCGGUAAGAAAUCGUAGAAAA